GAAAGUCUGUCCAGUGUUGGUUCGUGUACCAGAGCGCUCACAUCGGAUUGUACGUGGUUGGGAACAUUUGGUAUUUCUCACUUGUUUCCCGUGGAAUUUCUCCUAUAUGUUCUUUGUUGUUAAGUAAGUUCGCGUGUGUGCUUGGAUGUGUGCCGUUUUACCUUUUCCGAAGUGAUUUACAAAAAAAUUGUUCAUUUUGACUUGAACGUUCGAAAGUGUUCACACCGCCGGAGCAACAAUGUUUGAUGUGUUCGGCUCCGUAAAGGGGCUCCUGAAGCUCGAUAGCGUCUGCAUAGACAACAAUGUCUUCCGUAUGCACUACAAAGGGACUGUUAUUAUCCUCAUUGCCUUCUCAUUGCUCGUCACCUCGCGCCAGUACAUUGGGGACCCCAUUGAUUGCAUUGUCGAUGAGAUUCCGCUCAAUGUGAUGGAUACAUACUGCUGGAUCUACUCCACAUUCACAAUACCCAACCGGCUGACGGGAGUAGCCGGUAAGGAUAUGGUUCAGCCGGGUGUGGCGAGUCACGUGGAUGGUGAGGAUGAGGUGAAGUACCACAAAUACUAUCAGUGGGUGUGCUUCGUGCUCUUCUUCCAAGCCAUUCUCUUCUACAUCCCACGCUACCUGUGGAAAACCUGGGAGGGUGGUCGCAUCAAGAUGCUAGUGAUGGAUCUCAAUGCACCUAUUGUUAAUACGGAAUGCAAGGAUGAUCGAAAGAAAAUUCUCGUGGAUUAUUUUGCUGAAAACAUACAUAGGCACAAUUUCUAUGCCUAUCGCUUCUUCAUUUGCGAAUUCCUCAAUCUUGCCAAUGUCUUUGGGCAAAUCUUCUUCAUGGACUUCUUCUUGGACGGUGAAUUCUCAACAUACGGCAGCGACGUGGUACGUUUUACGGAGAUGGAACCCGAGGAGCGACGUGACCCAAUGGCGAGGGUUUUUCCAAAAGUUACAAAAUGCACAUUCCACAAAUACGGCCCAUCGGGGAGUGUGCAGAAAUUCGACGGACUCUGCGUACUACCGCUGAAUAUUGUCAACGAGAAAAUCUACGUGUUCCUCUGGUUCUGGUUCAUUGGACUCACAAUUCUCACUGCACUCUCCAUUGCAUUUCGCGUUGCCGUGAUCUUCGUACCUAAGAUUAGGCUAUACCUACUCAGGGCCCGCUCCAAGUUGUCGGUGCACCAAGAUGUGGAGAAUAUAUCAAAGAGGUGCCAAAUUGGUGAUUGGUUUGUGCUGUACCAGCUCGGCAAGAAUAUCGAUCCACUCAUCUACAAAGAAGUCAUCUCCGAUCUAGCACUUAAAUUGGAUGUGACGAUGAUGAUGAUGGUUCCAUUGGACGUAGACACUCACGCAUACUCAAUUCCUGACACAAUGAACUAGCACAACAAUUUGUAUCCAGGGACGGCGGAAAAAAUGAAUUUAUCAUAAUAUACAUAUUUUUAUUAAAGAUAAAAAAAUUUAACAAAAAAAAUAACGAUAAAAAACGCACAAAACUUUGUAACUGAAAAGACAGCAACAUAUUUAGGGAAUAGAGAAUGUGCAAAAAAACAAACCAUUAAUAAUAUUGACAAUGCUAAAUCCAAUGUCAAUUUGCCAUGUUUUGAAACACUUUAUCGAUACUACGAAUCACACGCAGUAAAUUAUUGUAUUGCAUAUAGUAAGAGAAAAAGCAUGUUCAUUCAGAAAAUUUCACACGCUAUUCUUCUCGGAAUCUCUUCUCAAUGAGAGACACUUUGUAGAUGAAAAAAUAAAUAAAAUAAAAGCUAAAAGGCCUGCAAAGAGAGGGAAAUUAUAAAUGAUUUUUUAGGGAUUAUUUUUUGUAAUAAUUAAACUAAUUUUAUUAAAUUAUAUAUUCUAAAAAAAAAGAAAGGAAAAGAACGACAGAGAGGAUAACUAAAUUAUUAUUUAAAUUAUAAUUUUAGAUAGCAAAUCUUGGCAAGAUUUUUUCAAUAGAUUAUCAGGGGUGAAAAGGUCAAAAAAGGGUUUAGGAAAAGCCUUUUAUUAUUAUUAUUAGUUUUCCUUCAAUAUAGAAGAAAAUGGUUUAGAUAGUUCUUAUAGGAUUUUUUCCGUCCUACAAUCGUCUCUAAAAUCGCUUUCUUCUAAUCUGUUGGAAAAGUAAGAUAAUUUGAGUUUUUCCUAAACCUUUAAUUUGACUUUAUCUACCCCAGAUUCUCAAAUAUUUCUUUAACAAAAUUUGAUAGUUUUUCCUAACAUUGAAAAGUCUAGAACUUAUCAGUUUUGUAAGGAAAAUUAUCAAAAAAUGUUUGCAGGGUUUGAGUUCAAAAACCUGGGAAAACUAGAAUUUCUCAUGGAAAUGCAUCCCUGGUUCUGAAAUCAGGCCCCGCAAGAAGCAGAAAAUCCUUGCUGAGCUUUGCAAAUUUUCUCUAAAAACAAAAACGAAAAGACUCAUUGAAAAUUCGAAAUGAGCAUUCUCUAAUAUUAUUUUCUUUUGAGAAUAUUUUAUUCCUUUUUUUUCGUAUACGCCUAGAAUCAUAUAUAUAGUGAGAACUGACCGUUACAUUCCAUUUUUCCCACGCACAAGACAAUAAAUGGAAAUUUAUUGAGAAUUUCGUACAAGUGUAUGCAUGAAUUAGGUAGAAAAGAGACGAUAGAAAGAAUGGAAGAUUAACACAAUAGAGGAAGUUUUGGUUGGCAGUGUUGAAGAAUAAAGUCAGCAGAUGGGUACAAACUGUCCAAAAUGAAUUUUUUUUAAAUGUAAACACAAUUCAGAAUGAAAUAGACAAACGAGACUCCAAACAAAUGUUUCUAUGGAGGUAGGAUACUUUUUUUUUUUAAUUCUUGAAGAACUUUACAGAUGCAGGGGCAUUUAACUAAUAUCUUUUUACGUGAAUUUUAUGAAAAUAUUCACGAAUUUAUUCGAAAGGUUACAUGCCCCUUGUAGAUCGUAAUAAAAUGUGAUCAAUUAAAGUGAUGAUGAUGAUGGAAAAUUGUGCCUUCUGCCCUCCGAAACGAAUACAUUGUGAAGAUCCCCAUUGAAAAAAACCUAAAUUAUCAGAUUUUUCAUUGAGUGUUGACGAAAUAAUUAUGAUAGGGACGUGAAAAAGAAUUUUUCGAAUAUUAGUUUUUAAGGAUUUUCAAUUCCAAUUUUUCAUUCUUUCAUUUUUACUUCAAUAAAGUCAUUUUCGUAUGCAUUUUUCUUAUUUUUUAAACCACGUUUUAAAUCUACUUUCUCACUGUUUUAAGUGCAAAAAUUAACACCUUUCUUCCAGGUGUUAAACUAUCUUUUUUUUUUAUUUACUUUCUUCCAACAUUUACUUAUAACGCGAUAAAAUGAUGAUGAAGAAAAAUGAAUUAACAAUAAAAACCGUAGAUAAAAUAUAUAUUUUUUGCCAUAAUUAAAAACAACUUUAUAGAUUGUAUAGAUUUUAUUUACAUUUUACAUUUAUUUUAUUAAAACUGAGUAAAAGAAAACAUAUAAAAGACGAAGGAAAAAAUUGCAAGAAAAAAUAUAUUUCUGGCAAAAAAAAAUUCAAAAAAGACAAAAUUGUAUUAUUCCUACUUAGAGAGAUUUUGGGGUGUUUUAUUGUUCUUCCCUGAUAACACGGGAAUGGCAUAUGAGCUAAUCUUAAAUGAACUCUUAUCAUGGAUUUACCUGAGAAAAUUUAUCACAUUCUGCGUUUGACACUGUUCCAAAAUGCAAAAGCCAAUUUUUUUGUACAAAAGAAAAUGAAUUUUAUAAUCUUUGAUAUCUCUCAGAAGGUCUGAUGAUGGAUUUUUUUUUGUUCUAUUCUUAGGAGAACAAACACACUCUUUCAUGGAAUUAAAUGAAACGAAAAUUGAAUCAAUUUAGCAGCCGCAAGAAAAUUAAGACGGGAAAGUAUAAUGUGGUUGAGAAAAAUACUCAAAGUGCAAUUAAUUACAUAUCUUGCAAUGACCUACAUUUUGGGACAGCUUCUGAAACGCAACUUUUUUCAACAAAAAAAUUAUAUAUACAUAUAUUUCUUCCAAACUUGGAUGGAGUGUCAAAACGACUGAAGAGAAUUUUUAUUAUUUCGAUUAAUGUAAAAGAAAGAAAAAAUACAAAAAAGACAUAAAAAUUGAGAAAUUUUUAGCUAAAAAAAAAGAAGAAAAGAUGAAAUAAACGUAAAGAGUUGUGAUCGUAGAAAUAUCUUUUUAUUAAUAAUUGUUAAGACAUAUUAAUAUUAGUAAUAUUGUGUAAGCAUAAACUAUUUUUUCUAUAGUAUACAACAUCCUUUUUAUGUAAUGUAAGCACGAGAUGGGCGAAAAUAAUCACUAUUGUGAAGAGAGAAGAAGAAAAAUUAAUAAGAAACUAUUUUUUAUCUUUAAGAAAUUGUAAUGAGUGCGAGAAAAGGAUGAAAAAAAAAUCAUGUUCAAAACCUCAAUGUUGGUUUCCGAAUGGGUUAUUGGGAUUGUCCAUCGUAUAAAAAAUAAUAAUUUCUACUAUUUCUCAAUUUCCCCCCUUUUACAUACUUUUUUUUUUUGCUAAUUAAUUAAUAAAAACAACGGAAGAUAUAA